UGGGCAGGAGGGAGUCAGGUAGAAGCUGGGGACUUUGGAGAACGGGACAGUUUUAUGCCUGGGUCCCUGUUUUCCUUCAAGCCCAGAGGGACCUCCAGACUUGGAGUCAGGCUCUGUUGCCCGAGGUGGGGGUUCCCUUGGGCCACUGCUCUCGGAGGGCGUCAGCCUGCGGGUGUCAGUCACCAAGGGCAGUGAAUCAUGCCAGUUGACCUUUGCCAGGAAGGCACCCACUGCUUCCCUCUAGGGCAAGCCCUGCCCCUCUUGAGAAGGUCAGCAAGGUGUGUUCUCACCGCCCUCCCUGCAGCCGGGGCCAGACUGGGCUGGGUUCAGUCUCAGGGACUCUCUCGGGGGUUGAGGAGCACAGCCUGGGCCAGCAGGAGGAUGGGCCGGGAGGGCCCCGCACACCCAGGGCACCGACGCAGGCCCCUGCUAGCGCUGGCCGUGAGCCUCCUCCUCACCUGCAGGCCAGGGCUGCCUUUCAAUGCAGUGGUCUUUGCCCAAACCACAGACCAAGGAACCCCUGGAGCCGCCAGACAGUUGACACCUGACCCUUCCUCCCCAGCAUCACUCAUCAGCUCAGUGGGAACUCACAAGCCUAGGGAGAGUUCAGCAUCCCCACAUGGAACCUCAGUGCGGCCAACAGGCAGCCCUCUGGUGGAAAAAUCAACAAUUGGUCCUGCUGCUAAGACCUUGGCCAGUCCUGCAUCUUCGGUUGUGGGAAGAACCACCCAGUCUUUGGGCGUGAUGUCCUCUGCUCUCUCUGAGUCAACCUCUAGAGGAAUUACACACUCCGAGCAAAGAACCAGCCCAUCACCGAGUUCCCAGGUCAAUGGAACUCCCUCUAGGAACUCCCUUGCUACAAGCAUGGUCUCAGGAUUGAGUUCCCCAAGCACCAGGACCAGUUCCACAGAAGGAAAUUUUACCAAAGAAGCAUCGACGCAUACACUCACUGUAGAGACCACAAGAGGUCCAGUCACUGAAAGGUACACAGCCCCCACUGAGACCUCAACAACCAAAGGUGACAGCACAGGGACUCCCUGGAACAUAAGAUAUGUUCCUGCAAAAAUCACAUCUCUAAUGAAGACAUUUGUAGAUUCGACUGCAUCCAAGGAAAGUGUCCCACUGUCUAUGACUUCAGCUGAGACCACAGUUAUGGACCCACAUACUCCAGGAAGGACACACCCAUCAUUUGGGACAGUUUCUUCUUCCUUUCUUGACUUAUCAUCAUCUAGAGGGACCUCAAAUUCCAGAGCCGGAACACUGGAACUGACUCCCUCAACCACUGGAUAUCCCUUCUCCUCUCCUGAACCUGGCUCCCCAGCACACAACAGAAUAAGUACCAGUGUGCCUUUGCUGUCAUCUGCUUCAGUUUUUGAUAAUAAAAUAUCAGAGACCAGCAUAUUCUUUGGCCAGAGUAUCACCUCCCCUAUGUCUCCUGGGAUGCCUGAGGCCAGAACCAGCGCAAUGCCCAACUCAGCGAUCCCUUUUUCCAUGACACUAAGCAAUGCAGAAACAAGCACUGAAAGGGUCCGAAGUACAAUUUCUUCUCUAGGGACUCCAUCUACAUCCACAGAGCGGACAGCAGAGAGUGUCCUUACCUCCCGUGCCUUCACUGAGACCACGGAUCUACCCAGCACCCACACAACCAAGACUUUGGCUUCAGAAUGGUCAGAGAGUCCAGGUGCCCUCAGUGGCACCAGCAAUUCAGUGCUGACAACCACAUCUCCAUCUACCACUUUAGUCUCAGAGAAGACCGAUACCCAUUACUCCACAUAUGGAAAGGAAACAGAAGGAAAUUUGAAUGCAUCUAUGACUCCACUUGAGACCUCUGCUCCUGGAGAGGAGACUGAAAUGACUGCCAACUUGGGCCCCACUCCAAGUUUUACCACCCUUGACAGGAAGAUCAGAAGUCCAUCUCAGGUCUCUUUAUCCCACCCAACAAGAGAGCUCAGCCCCACAGGCAGCGCCUCUGGGAGGCAGAGUUCCAGUACAGCUGCUCACGGGAGCUCUGACACCCUGGGGGCAACCACUUCCAGCAUCUCACCAGCAUCCUCAUGGACCAGUGAAAGUACACCUCAGCACUUUAGUGAACCCCAGCACACACAGUGGGUGGAGACAAGUCCUAGCAUGGAAAUGGAGAGACUCCCAGCAUCAACCAGUGUGUUUACUUCUCCAGCAACUGGUUCCAUGGAAGCAACUUCUGUCAGGAAACUAUCAACAGCCAUGCUCACAACAGAGACCACAAAUGGCCCAGGCACUGUUUAUGCUAUGGCUUCUACCAACAUCCCAAUUGUAAGCGGCUACGUUACGGGAAGAAGAUUGGCCACAACCCACCUGCCCACUGGAACCACAGCUUCCUCUGAGACAUCUACAGAUUUUGCCAUGGCCAAAGAAAGUGUCUCAAUGUCAGUAUAUCCAUCUCAGUCUAUGGAUGCUGCUGGCUCAAACACUCCAGGAAGGACAAGCCAAUUGGUUGGCACAUUUUCUGAUGACUUCUAUCAUUUAACAUCUGGAGAAAUUACAAUAUCUAAAGAUGGAACCAGCUCAGCUUCAACUCCACAAAUGACUGCAACCCACCCUCCAUCUCCUGAGCAUGGCUCUGCUAGAAGCGCCUGGCUUGGCAUCUUGUCCUCAUCUCCUUUGGCUCCUACUCUCAAAGUCAUAUCUCCUCCUGCUCCUACUUCCAAAGUCACAAUGAGUUCCACCUUUUCAACCCAGAGAGUCACCACAAGCAUGACAAAGGACACAGUUGAAAUGAGUCAAUGGAAUACACCUGACUCACUUUCCAUGACUUCCUUGACACCAAGUAAUAUUCCAACAAGUGCUGCCAUGGGGAAAAGCACCCUGGUUCCCUUGGACUCUCCUUCUCUAGCCACAUCAACAGAGGCAUCAGAAGGGGGAUUCCCAACCCUCAGCACCUACCCUGAAGCAACAAACACACCCAGCAUCCACCUCGGAGUACACACUAGUUCAGAAAGUCCUAGCACCAUCAACCUCCCCAUGGCUUCAGUAGUAAAAACUGGCCCUUAUACACCUCUCACCUUCCCCUCAAUAGAGACCAACAUUCAUGUAUCAACAGCCGGAAUGGAGACAAAUGAAAUUGCUUACUCCUCUGGGUCCUCACCUGAGAUGACCCCUCCUGGAAAGACUAACACUAGUAGUACCUGGGCCCCCACCAACUACAUCACCACUACGGAUCCUAGGGAUAUAAGUUCAGCUCAGGUCUCUACACCCCACUCAGUGAGGAUGCUCAGAACCACAGACAAUCAUCCAAAGACAGAGUCCACCAGCCCAGCUGCUUACUCUGGAAGUCCUAAAAUCUCAAGUCCACCCAAUCUCACCAACCCAGCCACAAAAGCAUGGACCGACAAUGACACAAUUGAAUACUCCACUCAAUUACAUCACACAAAUUUGGCAGAAAAAUCACCUGGAUUUGAGACACAGUCAACCCCAGGACCUGUCUCUGUAGUAAUCUCUACAUCCCCUACUACUGGAAGCAGAACGUUGGAACUGACUUCUGGUAUCCCAGAGGAACCCAUGGUCCUCACCACCAGUGAGCAGACCACAAUCACUCUCCCCAUGGCAACACGGUGGAGUACCAGUUUGACAGAAGAAAUGGCUUCAGGAGACCUUGACAUUUCAAGUCCAGGUUCACCCAUGAGAACAUUUGCUAUUUUUCCACCUCUGUCCACACCUUCUCAUGAACUUUCAAAGUCAGAUACCAGUGCCACUGAAAAUACAGGUUCAACCAUGUUGGAUCAACAUCUAGGAUUCAGCAGUUUGGGCACAACUGGGAACUUGACAACUGCUCCUAUCACCCCACUGACAACCAUGUGGACCAGUGUGAUUGAAUACUCCACACAAACACAGGACACCCAUUCUGCAAUGAUGAAUCCUACUCAUGUGACACAAUCACUCAAAGAUCAAACACCUGUACCAGCCUUAGCAUCCCCUCCCCAUCUUACUGAAGUAGACCCUGGGCUCAGGACACAAGGGAGGAGCUGCCUCAAGGCAACCACUUUUUGGAAACCAUCUACAGACAUACCCUCCAUAGAGAUUGAGACUGGCGCAACAAACAUUCAAUCCACUCCACCCAUGGACACCACAACAGCAGGGAGCAGCAGUAGUGGAGUCGCCCUGGACACAGCCUGCAUUCCCAUGGGAACAUCCUCCCCAGCUGAGACAUCCACAAACAUGGCACUGGAAAGAGGAAGUGCUACAGCCACUGUCUCCAUGGCUGGCACAGUGGGACUCCUAGUUUCUAGUGCCCCAGGAAGAAGCAGCAGCCAGUCAUUAGGAGUUUCCUCUGUGCUUUCUGAAUCAACCACUGAAGGAGUCACAGAUUCUAGUAAGGGAAGCAUACCAAGGCUGAGCACACAGGGAAAUACAGCUCCCUCCUCCUCUCUUGAACCCAGCACUGCUCAAGGAGGCCAGAUGAGUAUAAGCAUCCAUCUACCCUCAUCUCCUCCAACUCCUGAUGUAGAAUUCAUAGGGAGCAGCACAUUUUGGACCAAGGAGGUCACCACAGUUAUGACCUCAGAUAUCUCCAAGCCUUCAGCAAGGACACAGUCCAGCUCAGCUACCCUUCUGUCCACAGCUUUGAGAAGCACUGAAAGUACAGAAAAAGAAAAACCCAGAACUGCCUCUAUGGAUCUUCCAUCUCCAACUCUAUCAAUGGAGGUGACACCAUGGAGUUCUCUCACUCUCAGAGACAUCACCAAGACCGCAGUUUCACCUGACCUCAGCCAUGGGGUGCACACCAGCUCUACAGGAACUUUGGACACUGACAGGCCAUUGAAUACUGGUAUCACUAGAGCCUCCAGAUUGGAAAACAGCUCCAAUACCUCUUCUAAGUCCCUAUCUGUGGGAGCCAGCACUCACACAUUCAUGACUUACACAGAGAGGAGUGAAGUGUCCUCUUCAAUAUGUCCCCCACCUGAGACCUCAGCUCCUGAUGGAGAGACCACUUUGACUUCAACUCCUGGAAACAGGGCCAUAAGCUUAAUGUUGCCUUUUUCAUCCAUUCCAGUAGAGGAAGUCAUUUCUACAGGCAUAACCUCAGGACCAGGCAUCAACGCAGCACCCAUGACACAUACUCCCAUUACCCCAGCAACAAUUGCAUGGACCAGUAUAGGCACAACUGAACAGUCCACUCAACCACUACAUGCAAUUUCUUCAGAAAAAGUUUCUGGGCAGACACAGUCAAGUCCAUAUGUCAACUCUGUGUCACUGUCUGCUUCCCCUACCCAUGAGAAUUCAGUCUCCUCUGGAAGCAGCACAUCCUCUCCAUAUUCUCCAGCCUCACUUGAAUCAUUGGAUUCCACAAUCAGUAAGAAGACAGAAAUCACUUCCUGGCUAUGGAAACUCACUGUAUCUCUCCCUAUUACAACUUGGCCAAGUGCCAGUUUAUCUAAGGCACUGUCCUCAGCUCAUCCUGGGGUUUCAAACCCAGGUUUAACCACAACUGAAUUUCCACUCUUAGCUGCAUCCACAUCAGUUGCUAGGCAAAGAAAUCCAGAAACAGAGAUUUAUGGCCCCCAGAAUACAGCCCCAAGUACUUUGAACACUGAUGCAUCCUUGGGCACAAGUAUUUCUGAGACUUCUGCAGGGGCAAGUAUCAGCUCUGAAGCCCCCCUUUCAACAGCCAUAACUUCUAGAUCAGAUGCUUCUGGUUUUAUAUCUGAGAGUACUCCUAACCCGAGUUCAGGCACAGCCUCUUAAGCAGGGAGCAAAUUAAGUGGGACGAUAUCCCUGCCCAUCUCAGAGUCUUUGGUUUCCUUUAGAAUGAGCAAGGAUCCAGGGACAGUGUCAAUCCCUUUGUGGUCCCAUGCAACUACUCAUACAGAAACAAGCAUCCCAGUAAGCAGCGCAGGUCCACCUGGCUUGUCCACAGUAGCAUCAGAUGCAAAUCAACCUUCAAAUGGGGGUGAGAGUAUUCCUAGUGCCCCCUUUUCCUCCUCCCCUGAGACUGAAGCCACAACUAUCUCUCAUUUCCCAGAAAGGACAACCCAUUUAUUUAAAACCAUUUUAUUUCUCACUCCUGAGUUGACUUCAAAAGUGACACCUACUCCUGGGGAUUGGACCAGUUCAGCUAUGUCCACAAAACCCACAGGAGCCAGUUCCUCCAUUACACUGGGAGAGAAAAGGACAAUCACCUCUGCUCCUCUAAUCACUUCCCCCAUAGUUCUCACUGCUAGUUUCACAGAGACCAGCACAGUUUCACUGGAUAGUACAACUACAGUAAAAACCUCAGAUACACUUGAGGCAGAACAAAAAAAUCAGCUUCCUUCAGAUAGCAUUUCUUCUUCUGAUCUGAUCAAUACCACAGCUUCUCCAACUAUGGAUGUCACUAAAACAGCCUCCGUCAGUCCCACUAGCCUCUCAGGAGUGACAGCAACUUCUUCCCCAUCUCUCUCUUCAGAUAGACCCCAGGUUCCCAUAUCUACAAUAGAGACAAAUACAGCCACCUCUACAUCUAUUUCCAGUAACACCUAUUCUCUUGAUGGGCACUUCAAUGUGGGUGGCUGUCCAUCCACUUUACCACCCUUUACACUCACCUACCCUGUCAAGACAGGCUUGGCCCCAUUAGCCUGAUCUAGUCCAGUAGAAACUUUCAGCACCGUGGUCAGCACCAAAACUGCUGCCUGAGAAAAUCCUACCUCUCGCAACUCUGUGGUCACUUCUGUUCCAGCACCAGGCACAUGGACCAGUGCAGGCAGUACUACUGACUUACCUGCCAUGGGCUUUCUCAAGACAAGUCCUGCAGGAGAGACACACUCACUUCCAGCAUCAAAUAUUGGACCAGUCACUGCCUUCGCUCCCCAUCUUUCAGGAGCAGUGGUCACUGGAUCCAGUGCUACAUCAGAAGCCAGUCUUCUCACUAUGAGUGAAAGCAAAGCCAUUCAUUCUUCUCCACAGACCCCAACUACAUCCAUGUCUGGAGCAAGCUAGGAAACUUCUACUCCUGAGAGCCUUUUGGUGAUCACUGAGACUUCAGACACAACACUCACCUCAAAGAUUUUGGUCACAGAUACUACCUUGUUUUCACCUGUGUCCACACCGCUUUUUAAACUUCCAACUAUAGGGACUCUCUCUGGAGCUUCCUUCCUUACUUUAUUACAGGACACUUCAGCCAUCCCACUCACUGCCACUGAGCCAACAAGUUCAUUAGCUACAUCCUUUGAUUCCACCCCACUGGUAACUAUAGCUUCUGAUAGACUUAGCACAAACCCAGAGACUACCCUGACCAUGUCAGAGGCCUCAAAUGGUGAUGCACUGGUUAUUAAGACAGAAAGUAACCCAGAUAGGAGCAUCCCUGGAAUCACUAUCCAAGGAGUAGCAGAAAGUCCACCCCAUCCUCCCACUUCCUCCUCUAAGAUUGUUACUCCACAGAACACAGCCUAUGAAGGUUCGAUCACCAUAGGACUUUCUAUUUUGCCUGCAGGAAUGACAGGUUCCCUUGUAUUUAGUCAGAGUUCUGAUAACUCAGAGACAACAGCUUUGGUGGACUCAUCAGCUGGGCUUGAGAGGGCAUCUGUGAUGCCACUAACCACAGGAAGCAAGGGUUUGGACAGCUUUAGAGGAAUCAGAAGUGGGUCCACUCACUCAACUGAAACCAAAACAUUUUCUUCUCUCCCUCUGACCAUGAGCCCAGGUGAGGUUAUAGCCAUGUCUGAAAUCACCAGUAACAGACUGACAGCUACUAAAUCAACAGCACCCAAUGGGAUACCUGUGAAGCCCACCAGGGCUGAGUCAGGGCUCCUAACACCUGUCUCUGCCUCCUCAAGCCCAUCAAAGGCCUUUUCAUCACUGACUACAGCUCCCCCAACUUUGGUGAUCCCACAGUCCAUAUUGACAUUUGACUUUUCUGAGGUCCCAAGUUUGAAUACUAAGUCUGCUUCUUUACCAACUCCUGGACAGUCCCUGAAUACCAUUCCAGACUCAGAUCUUUCACUGUCCAGGUCUCCAGAAAAAGGCCCAAGAGCAGGGAUGAUGACUUCCACAAAGACCAUAAGUGCAAGCUCAGUUCAAUCAACAAGUUUUACUGAAAUCCCUGAAGGAUCUGCCUCCCCUUCUAUGGCAGGGCAUAAACCCAGAGUCCCCACCUCAGGAACAGGGGACCAUAGAUAUGCCUUGGAGAGCAUGCCUUACCCAGACCCAAGCAAGGUAUCAUCAGAUAUGAAAUUGACCUCUCUUGCAUCAAAACUCACAAGUCUCUUCAGCACAGGUCAAGCAGCAAGGUUUGGUUCUAGUUCCUCUCCCACAAGCCUAUCCACUGAGAAAGAAACCAGCUUCCUUUCCCCCACUGCAUCCACCUCCAGAAAGACUUCACUCUUUCUUGGGCCCUCCGUGGCAAGACAGCCCAACACAUUGGUACAUCUUCAGACUUCAACUCUGACACUUUCUCCAACAUCUAUACUAAAUAUAUCCCAGAAGGAGCCUCCUGAGUUAACCUCAAGGCAAACCACUACAGAACAGGAGAGAACAACCGUUGAAACACAGAUGUUAAACUUCAUACCAUCCGAGCCCCCAACACCCCUGCUACCUGCCUCUUCUCCCACAGACCCCACAGCCAGAAGAAAGGGUUCUCCAGAAACAGGAGCACGCUCUAUUUCAGCACCUGCCAAGACCUCCUUGGCUGAAACAACUGAUAGAACGCUAGUGCCCAAAACAAAGAUGUCAAGCCAGCCAGCACAAGGAAAUUCCACGUGGCCUUCCCUAUCAGAGGGGACAGGGACCAGUCCAGCAGGCACAUCCCCAGGACGCCCAGAAAUGUCUACAGCCCUCAAAACCAUGAGCUCCAAGGAACCCAGCAUCAGCCCAGAGAUUAAGUCCACUGUGAGCAACUCACCUUGGAAGACUCCAGAAACAGCCGUUCCCAUGGAGACCACAGUGGAACCAGCCACCCUGCAGUCCACAGAUGUUGGAAGUGGUAGCACCAGCCUCUCUCAUCUGCCCACAGGAGCCACAUCACCAACCAAGUCAGCAAUAAAAAAUAUGGUGGCUACAGACAGGGUCUCACUCUCCCCAUCCCCACCCGAGGCUUGGACCAACCUUUAUUCUGGAACUCCAGGAGGGACCAGGCAGUCACUGGCCACAACGUCCUCUGUCUUCCUAGAGUCACCAACUGCUAGAAGCACCACAGGAAAUGGUCAGCAAAGCAGUCCAGAACUGAUUUCAAAGACCACUGGAAUGGAUUUCUCUGUGUGGCAUGGCUCUACUGGAGGGACCACAGUGGACACACAUGUCUCUCUGAGCACAUCUUCCAAUAUCCUUGAAGAACCUAUUACCAGCCUAAACUCUGUGAGCUCAGUGGUAGAUAACUUCAAAUUUAAAACCAAGGCAUUGGUCAGCACCACAGCUAUUCCCUCCACUGUACUGAGUAACAAGACAAUGGCAGCUGAACAACAGACAAGUCCAUCUGUGGAUGAGGCUGUUUCAUCAACUAGCUCAUUGUCACAUCAGACAUCUGGGAGUGACAGCACCCUUGGUGCAUCUCCUGAUGUCACAAACACAUUACACAUCACCUCCACAGCACAAACCAUCUCACUAGUAUCUCUGCUCUCUGGGGACCAAGGCAUUACCAGCCUCACCAAUGCCUCAGGAGGAAAAACAAGCUCUGCAUCGUCUGUCACAUCCCCUUCAACAGGGCCUGAGACUCUGAUGGGCAUCAUAAGUGUAGUGACUAGUGACACUUCCCCUACUGCUGGGCAACUAUCCCAGACCUCCUCUCCUGUGGAAGUGAGCAUCACUGGUGUAGCCACAGCUCCUACUCCAGGUAUGACCACCACCAUCACUACCAUAGGAACCAACUCAAUCUUGACUACUACACCCAGCCCAGAAGGGGGUAUGAGUACCAUGGACAGCACCCUGGCCACAGAGAGGAGCACAUCUAUAGAGCACACUCCCACCUGGUCCUCCACAGCUGCAUCAGAUCCCUGGACUGUCACAGACAUGGCUUCAAACUUGAAAGUGGCAAGUUCUCCUGGAACAAUUUCUACAAUGCAUACAACUUCAUUCUUAGCCUCAAGCACUGAAUUGGACUCCAUGUCUACUCCCAAUGGCCUUAUUACUGUCAUUGGAACCAGCCUGGUCACUCCAUCCUCUGAUGCUUCAGCCAUAAAGACAAGCAGUACCCGUGAAAUAACAUUGAGUCCUUCAGUUACAACUGUGUCUACUCCCAUCUCAAAUUUUUCUCGUAUCCAGAGCACCUCAGUUGCUGACAUUUCAAGUACAAGUUGGACUCCCAGUAGAACAGAAACAGGAGGUGUGCCUGUUUCAAUGGCUUCUACUAAUUAUGCCAGUACAAAGACUGGCCCAAAUAUGCCCCUGUCCACUGUUCUGUUUGAUUCUCUAUCCACUUUUGAUUGGGACACUGGGAAAUCUGUGUCAUCAGCCACAGUCACUACCUCAGCUCCUCAGGGGGCCACAACUCCUCAAGAACUCACUUUGGAGAUGACGAUCAGCCCAACUACCUCACAGCCACCCUUCUCUACAGGAGACAUUACAGGUGGAGUCACACCAGCUGCAGUGGUAAGGAGCUCUGGAGUUACUCUUUCAAGACCAGACCUCAUAAGCAAAAAGGCAGAGCAGAGUUCUACUCAGUUUCCCACCACAACUUCUAGACAUCCAGAAGAGACCAUCAAGGUUACCAGCUCCUCCAGUUUAUUAAGGACCUCGGAUACACCAGGCAUAAGCUUGGAAUCUGCAAUUACUUCAUCCUCAAACUGGAAAAGCAGCCCAUAUAAGAGCCCAUAUGCCCCUUCUGAGUCCACCACAGACAAAGAGUCAAUUCACCCUUCUACAAACAUAGUAGAGACAACACCAUGGGUCACAAGUUCCAAACAUCCUUAUUCCACUGUCCCAGCCCGCUCAGAAUCAUCCAAGCUCACAUCUCCAGUGGUUACUGCCUCCACCAGGGGACAAGCCAUUUUUUCUGUAUCAACGACCACAUGGCCAGAGUCUACAAGGGCUGGAACAGAGCCUAAUUCCUCCUUGACUGCUGAACUGAGGGACUUCAAUCCUUACAUGGACACCAGCUCAACCACGCAAACAAGUAUUAUCUCUUCGCCAGGUUCCACUGCUAUCACCAAGGGACCUAGAACAGAAAUUACCUCCUCCUCUGAGAGAAUAUCCAGCUCAUUCCUUGCCCAGUCUAUGAGGUCAUCAGACAGGCCCUCAGAAACCAUCACCAGGCUGUCUAACUUCCCUGCCAUGACAGAAUAUGGAGGAAUGACUCUCGCUAUGCAAACAGAUCCACCUGGCACUACAUCACUAAGUGCACCUACCUUGGACACAUCAGCCACAGCCUCCUGGGCAGGGACUCCAUUGGCUAUGACUCAGAGAUUUACAUACUCAGAGGAGACCACUCUCUUCAGCAAAGGUCCUGAGGAUACAUCACAGCCAAGGCCUGCCUAUGUGGAAGAAACCAGCUCUUUCUCUUCCCUGGCACCUAUCCAUGCCACAACCUCACCUUCCAAUACUUUGUUGACAUCACAAGAACACAGUCCCUCCUUUACUCCACCUGUGACCUCAGUUCUCUGGCCUGAGACCUCUGGCAUGGGGAAGACCACUGACUUGUCAAGGAUAAGCUUGGAACCUGGGACCAGUUUACCUCCCAAUUUAGGCAGUACAGCUGGUGAGGCAUUAUCCACUUAUGAAGCCACCAGAGAUACAAAGGUGAUUCAUCCUUCUGAAAACACAGCAGUGAUAAAUGUGGAGGCAACCAGUUCUGAACAUUCUCCUGUCCCAGUCCAUACACAGCCAUCCAAAGCCACAUCUCCAAUGGUUACCCCCCACACCAUGAGAGAUAACACUGCUUCCACAUUAGUGUUUGGCUUCUCUGAGACCACAGAGAUUGAGACAGCAUCCUCUCUGAAUCCAGGACUUCAGGAGAGAAGCACAUCCCAAGUGACCAGCUCUGCUACAGAGACAAGCACUGUCAUUACCCAUGCGUCUACUGGUGAUGCUCCUACCGAAGUCACCAAGACACAAGUCACUUUCCCUAGCAGAACAUCCAUCCCAAGCCCUUAUCACUUCAAAACUUCUACCAACACAUUUACAAAUGUGAGCACCAACCCAUCCACUUCUCUGAUAAUGACAGAAUCUUCGAGAGUGACCAUCACUACCCAAACAGAUCCUACUGGAGCCACAACACAGGGUCCACAUCUCUUGGACACAACAACCAUGCCUUACUUGACAGAGACUCCAUUGGCUGUGACUCCAGAUUUUAUGCAAUCAGAGAAGACCACUCCCAUGAGCAAAGGUCCCAGGGAUGUGUCAUGGACAAGCCCUCCUUCUGUGGCAGAAACCAGCUCUCCCUCUUCCUUGACGCCUAUCUUGGUCACAACCUUACCUCCUGCCACUUCCACACUACAAGGGCAAAGUACAUCCUCUCCUGUUUCUAUGGCUUCAGUUCUCACCUCUGAACUGAUAAAGACCACAGAUAAAUUGAACACGAGCGUGGAACCCGUGACCAUUUCACCUCAAACUUUGAACAACACAUCAAGUGAGAUACUGGCCACUUCAGAAGCCACCACAGAUAUAGAGAAAAUUCAUCCUUCCAUAAACAAAGCAGUGACCAAUACGGAGACCAACAGUUCAUCACAUGAAUUGCAUUCCACUCUCCCAGCCAGCUCAGAACCAUCUACAACCACAUCUCCAGUGGUUCCUGCCUCCACCAUGGAGGACACUCUUGUUUCUACAUCAACAUCUGCUUUUGAGACAGCAGACAUUGAGGGAGAGCCAGCAUCCUUUCUGACUCCUGGGCAAGGCAAGAACAGCACCACCCAGGAGUCAAACAUCAUCCUCUCCAGUGUGUCUGUGGGAGCUGCUACUGAAGCCUCCAAAAUGGAAGUCUCCUCUUCUGAUGCAACAUUUAUACCAACUCAUGCUCAGUCAACAAAGCCCCCAGAUAUUUUUUCAGUGACCAGCAGUAGACUAUCAAACUCUCCUCCCAUGGCAAUAUCUACCCACAUGACCACUACCCAGCCAGGGUCUUCUGGAGCUACAUCAAAGAUUCCACUUGCCUUAGACACAUCAAUGUUGGAAACCUCAGCAGGGACUCCAUCAGUGGUGACUGAGGGGUUUGCCCACUCAAAAAUAACCACUGCCAUGAAUAAUGAUGCCAAGGACAUGUCACAGACAAACCCUCCCUUUGUGGAAGAAGCCAGCUCUCCCUCUUCUCAGGCACCUGUUCUUGUCACAACCUUAGCUUCUCCUGUUGCUUCCACAUUGCAAGGGCAUGGUACCUCCUCUCCUGUUCCUAUGUCCUCAGUUCUUACCUCUUCACUGAUAAAGAUCACAGGGAAGGUGGAUACAAGCUUAGAAAAAGUAACCAGUUCACCUCAAAGUAUGAGCCACACUUUGGAUGACAUAUUGGCCACUUCAGCAGCCACCACAGAUAUAGAGACAACGCAUCCUUCCAUAAACAUAGCCGUGACCAAUGUGGGGACCACCCGUUCAGCAUUUGAAUUGCGUUCCACUGUCUCAGCUGACUCAGAGCCAUCUAAAGUCACAUCUCCAUAUGUUACCACCUCCACCAUGGAAGAUGCCAUGAUUUCCAGAUCAAUACCUAGAUCCUCUAAGACUACAAAAAUUGAGACUGAGACGACUUCCUCCUUGACUCCUAAACUGAGGGAGACCAGCAUCUCCCAGGAGAUCACCUCAUCCACAGAGACAAGCACUGUUCCUUACAAAAAGCUCACUGGUGUCACCGCCAAGGUAUCCAGGACAGAUGUCACUUCCUCUAGCAAUACAUCCAUCCCUGGUCCUGAUCAGUCCACAGUGUCACUAGACAUAUCCACAGAAACCAUCACCAGGCUCUUUACCUCCCCUAUAAUGGCAGAAUCUGCAGAAAUAAUCAUCACCACCCAAACAGGUCCUCAUGGGGCGACAUCACAGGAUGCCUUUACCACAGACACAUUAAAUACAACCCCCCAGGCAGGGAUCCACUCAGUUAUGACUCAUGGAUUUUCACAAUCAGAUGUGACCACUCUUAUGAGCGGAAUUCCAAUGGAUGUGUCAUGGACAAGUCCUCCCUCUGUGGAUAAAACCAGCUCCCCCUCCUCCUUUCUGUCUUUACCUACAAUGACCACACCUUCCCUGGUUUCCUCUACCUUACCAGAGGAUAGGCUCUCUUCUCCUGUGACUUCACUUCUCACCUCUGGCCUGGUGAAGAUCACAGAUAUAUUACAUACACGCUUGGAACCUGUGACCAGUUCACUUCCACAUUUCAGCAGCACCUCAGAUAAGAUACUGGCUACUUCUAAAGAUGGUCAAGGCACAGCGAUAAUCGAUCCUUCCAUAAACACUGCAGAGACCAACGUGAAAGUCAACAACUCUGGACAUGAAUCCCAUUCCUCUACACUGGCUGAUUCAGAGACACCCAAAGCCACAGCUCAAACGGUUAUUGCCACCACUGUAGGAGAUCCCACUCCUUCCACAUCAAUGCCAAUGCAUGGUUCCUCUGAGACUACAAACAUUAAGAGAGAGCCAACAUAUUUCUUGACUCCUAGACUAACAGAGACUAGCACCUCUAAGGAGUCCAGCUUUUCCACAGACAUGAGUUUUCUACUGUCCAAAGUCCCUACUGAUACUAUCACUGAGGUCUCCGGCAGAGAGGUCAUCUCUUCUAGCAAAAUAUCCACCCCAGAUCAUGAUAGGUCUACAAUGCAAUCUGACACCUUCACAGGAGAGAACACGAGGGUCUUUACCUCCUCCAUUAUGACAAAAUCUGCAGAAAUGACAAUCACCACCCAAGCAAGUCCUCCUGGGUCUGCAUCACACGGUACUCUUCCCUUGAACACAUCAACCACACGUUCCCAGGGAGGGACUCAUUCAACCGUGACUCAGGGAUUCCCACACUCAGAGGUGACCACUUUUAUGAGCAUGGGUCCUGAGAAUGUGUCAUGGAUGACAACUCCCCCUGUGGAAGAAACCAGCUCUGCUUCUUCCUUGAUGUCUUCACCUGCCGUGACCUCCCCUUCUCCUGUUUCCUCCAUAUUACCAGAGAGCAUCCCCUCCUCUCCUCUUCCUGUGACUGCACUUCCUAUUUCUGUUCUGGUGACAACCACAGAUGUGCUGGGCACAACAGGCCCAGAGCCUGUGACCAGUUCACCUCCAAAUUUGAGCAGCACCACAAAUGAGAGACCAACCACUUACAAAGACACUGCACACACGGAAGCCAUGCAUCCUUCCACAAACACAGCAGUGGCCAAUGUAGGGACCUCCAGGUCUGGAUAUGAAUCACAAUCUUUUGUCCUAGCUGACUCAGAGACAUUGAGAGUCACACCUCCGACGAGUACCACCUCCACCCUGGGGGACACAGGUGUUUCCAUAUCAACUCCUGAUAUCUCUCAGACUAGCCAAAUUCAAACAGAGUUAACGGCAUCCCUGAUCCCUACAUUGAGGGAGAGCAUCACAUCUGAGAAGACCAGCUCACCGACAGAGACAAAUACUGCCAUUUCUUAUGUGCCCACUGGUGUUACUACUCAGGCCUCCAGGACAGAAAUCUCCUCUAGCAGAACAUCCAUCUCAGAGCUUGAUCAGUCCACAAUGACACUCGACAUCUCCACAGGAAUGACCACCAGGCUCUUCACCUCCCCCACCAUGACAAAAUCUGCAGACAUGACCAUCACCACUCAAACAACUACUACUGGGGCUACAUCACAGGGUACCCUUUCCUUGGACACAUCAACCACACUCUUCCAGGGAGGGACUCAUUCAACUGCAUCUCAGGGAUUCCCACACCCAGAGAUAACCACUCUUAGGAGCAGAACUGGAGAUGUGUCAUGGAUGACAACUUCUCCGGUGGAAGAAACCAGCUCUGCGUCUUCCUUGAUGUCUCCUGCCAUGACCUCCCCUUCUCCUGUUUCCUCCACAUUACCAGAGAGCAUCCCCUCCUCUCCUCUUCCUGUGACUGUACUUCCUACUUCUGUUCUGGUGACAACCACAGAUGUGCUGGGCACAACAAGCCCAGAGCCUGUAACCAGUUCACCUCCAAAUUUGAGCAGCACCACAAAUGAGAAACCAGCCACUUACAAAGACACUGCACACACAGAAGCCAUGCAUCCUUCCACAAACACAGCAGUGGCCAAUGUAGGCACCUCCAGUUCUGGACAUGAAUCACAAUCUUCUGUCUCAGCUGACUCAGACACAUCCAAAGCCACAUCUUCAAUGGGUACCACCUUCACCACGCGGGAUACAAGAGUUUCUACAUCAAAUCCUGCUUUAUUUGAGGCUAGAAUUCAGACGGAAUCAACAUCCUCUUGGACUCCUGGAUUGAAGGACACCAGCAUGUCUGAGGAGACCAACACUGUGACAGAGACAAGCACUUUCCUUUCAGAAGUGCCCACUACUGCUACUACUGAGGUCUCUAGGACAGAAGUUAUCACCUCUAGCAGAACAUCCAUCUCAGGGCCUGAUCAUUCCAAAAUGUCACCAUAUAUCUCCACAGAAACCAUCACCAGCCUCUCCACUUCUCCUGUUGUAACAGGAUCCACAGAAAUGACGAUCACCAGCCAAACAGGUCCUAUAGGGACUACCUCACAGGCUACCCUUACCCUGGACAUAUCAAGCACAGCUUCCUGGGAAGGGACUCACCCACCUGUGACUCAGAGAUUUUCACACUCGGAGACCGCUACCAGGAGCAGAGGUACUAUGACUAUGUCAUGGCAAAGCCCUCCCUCUGUGGAAGAAACCAGUUCUCCAUCUUUGCUGGUGCCUUUACCUGCAAUAACCUCACGUUCACCUCCUUAUUCCACACUAUCAGGAAGUAGCCCCGCUUCUCUCCCUGUGACUUCCCUUCUCCUCUCUGGCAGGAUGAAGACCACAGACAUGUUAGAUGCAAGCUCAGAAUCUGUGACCAGCUCCUUAUCAAGUGCAAGUAGCUUCUCAGGUGAGAUACCUACUUCUGAUGCCUCGACAAAUACAGAGACAAUUCACUUUUCAGAGAACACAGCAGAAAACAACAUGGGGACCACCAGUUUUAUGCAUGAACUACAUUCCUAUGUCUCAGUCCACUCCCAGCCAUCCAGAACCACAACUCCAAAUGUUACUGGAUCUAUGAUGGAGGAUACUAUUGUUUCCACUUCAACACUUGGUUUUUCUGAGACUGCAAAUAUUGACAGAGAGUCAACACCCUCCCUGACUCCUGAAUUGAUAGAGAACACCACCUCCCUGGUGAUGAACUCAACUACAGAGUCAAACAUUGUUUUCUCCAGUGUGUCCAUGGGUGCUGCUACUGAGGUCUCCAGGACGGAAGUCCCCUAUUAUGAUUCUACAUUCAUGCCAGCUUCUGCUCAGUCAACAAAGUCCUCAGACAUUUCACCUGAAGCCAGCAGUAGACAUUCUAACUCUUCUCCCUUGACAAUAUCUACACACAAGAUCAUCACCACACAAACAGGUCCUUCUGGGGUGACAUCUCUUGGCCAACUGACCUUGCAAACAUCAACCAUAGCCACUCCAGCAGGGACUCCAUCAGCUGGAACUCAGGAUUUUGUAGAUUCAAAAACAACCACUGUCUUGAACAAUGAUCUCAAUGAUAUGUCGAAGACAAGCCCUUUCUCUGCAGAAGAAGCCAACUCUCUCUCUUCUCAGGCACCUAUCCUUGUGACAACCUCACCUUCUCCUGUAACUUCCACAUUGCAAGUGCACAGUACCUCUUCUGUUUCUGUGACCUCAGUACUCACCUCUCCAUUGGCAAAGAUCACAGACAUGGACACAAGCUUAGAGCCUGUGACCCGUUCACCUCAAAGUUUAAGCAACACCUCAGCCACUUCAGAAGCCACCAUAGAUACACACAUGAUGCAUCCUUCUAUAAACAGAGCAGUGACCAAUGUUGGGACAACCAGUUCACCACAUGAAUUCCAUCUUACCGUCUCACUGGACUCAGAGCCAUAUAAAGCCACAUCUCCAGUAGUUAUCACUUCCACCAUGGGGGACUCUAUAGUUUCCACGUCAACGUCUAGAUCCUCUGAGAUGACAAAGAUUGAGUCUGAGACAACUUCCUCCCUGAGCUUUAGAAGGAGAGAGACCAGCACCUCCCAGAAAAUCAGCUCAUCCUCAGACACAAGCACUGUGUUUGAUGAAACACUCACUGCUGCUCCUACUGAGGUCUCCAGAACAGAAGUCACCUCCUCCAGCAGGACAUCCAUCCAAGGUGCUGAAAAGUCCACAAUGUCACCAGACACCUCCACAGGAUCUGUCACUGUGCUCUCUACCUUUGCUGGCAUGACAAAAUCUGAAGAAAUGAACAUUGCCACCCAAACAGGUCUUCCUGGGGCUACAUCACAGGGUACCCUUACCUGGGACACAUCAAUCACAACCUCACAGGCAGGGACCCAUUCAGCUAUGACUCAUGGGUUUUCACAAUUAGAUGUGUUCACUCUUACGAGCAUAAUUCCUGAAGAUGUGUCAGGGACAAGCCCACUCUCUGUGGAAGAAAACAGCUUUCCCUCUUCCCUUCUGUCUUCACCAGCAAUAACCUCACCUUCCCCUAUUCCAACUACAUUGCAAGUGGGUAGGCCCUCUUCUCCUGUUCAUCUGACUUCACUCCCCACUUCUGGCCUGGUGAAGACCACAGAUAUGCUGGCAUCUGUGGCCAGUUUACCUCCAAAUUUGGGCAGCACCUCAGAUAAGAUACCGACUACUUCUGAAGAUGUUAAAAAUACAGAGAAAAUGUAUUCUUCCACAAACAUAGCAGUAACCAAGGUGGAGACCACUACAUCUGAAAAUGAAUCUUAUUCGUCUAUCCCAGCCUACUCAGAAACACCUAAAGUCACCUCUCCAAUGGUUACCUCUUUCACCAUAAGGGACACCAUUGUUUCUACAUCCGUGCCUGGAUCCUCUGAGAUUACAGGGAUUGAGAUGGAGUCAGCAUCCUCGCUGGCCCAUGGGCUGAAGGAUACCAGCUCCUCCCAGGAGCCCAUCUUAUCCACAGAGAAAAGUGCUGUCCUUUACAAAGUGACCACUGGUGCUACACUUGAGAAUUCUAGGACAGAAGUUGCCUCUUCUAGAAGAACAUCCAUUCCGAGCCCUGAUCAUUCCAUGUCACCAGACAUCUCCACUGAAGUGAAUUCCAGGCUGCCUAUCUCCCCUGGAAUUACAGAAUCUGCAAAAAUGACCAUCAUCACUCAAACAGGCCCUCUUCUUGGAUCUACAUCACAGGGCAUAUUUAUCUUGGACACACCAACUAUACCCUCCAGGGAAGAAACACACUCAGGUGUCACUCAAGAAUUUCCACACUCAGAGAUGAACACUCUCAUGAACAAGGAUCCUGAGAUUCUGUCACAGACAGUCCCUCCUUCUAUAGAAAAAACAAGCUUCUUCUCUUCCCUGAUGCCUUUACCUGCCAUGACUUUACCUUCUCCUAUUUCCUCAACAUUACCAAAGACCAUUCACACCACUCCUUCUCCUAUGACUUCACUGCUUACCUCCAGCUUAGUGACGACCACGGACACGUUGGACACAAGCCCAGAACCUAGAACCAGUUCACCUCCAAAUCUGAGUAGUACUUCAAAUGAGAUACUGAUGACAGAUGAAGACACCACAGAUAUGGAAGCCAUGCAUCCUUUCACAAUAACAGCAGUGACUAAGGUGGAAACCACCAGUUCUGGAAAUAAGUCACAAUCCUCUGUCCUAGCUGACUCAGAAAAACCCAAGGCCACAGCUUCAAUGGUUACCACCUCCACCAUGGGGCAUACAACUAUUUCCACAUCAAGGUCUGUUUCCUCUGAAACUACAAAAAUUCAGAGUGAUUCAACAUAUUCUUUGACUCCUGGACUAAGGGAGACCAACAUCUCCCAAAAUACCAGCUUUCCCACUGACGCAAAUAUUGUUCUUUCAGAAGUCUCCACUGGUACUACUGCUGAGGUCUCCAGGACAGAAGUCCCCUCCUCUGGUAGAACAUCUGUCCCUGGCCCUGCUCAGUCCACGAUGUUGCCACAAGUACCCACAGGAACAAUGACGAGGCUCUUUGCCUCGCCCACCAUGACAGAAUCAGCAGAAAUGGCCAUCCCCACCCAAACAGGUCCUUCUGGGUCUACAUCACAGGAUACCCUUACCUUGGACACAUCCACCACAAAGUCCCAGGCAAAGAUUAAUUCAACUUUGACUCAGAGAUUUUCACAUGCAGAGAUGACCACUCUCAUGAGCAGAGGUCCUGGAGAUAUGUCAUGGCAAAGCUCUCCCUUUGUGGAAAAACCCAGCUCUCUCCCUUCCCUCCUUCCUUCCCUGCUGUCUUUACCUGCCACAACCUCACCUCCUCCCAUUUCCUCCACAUUACCAGUGAAUAUCUCCUCCUCUCCUCUUCCUGUGACUUCACUUCUCACCUCUGGCCCAGUGAUGACCACAGAUGUGUCACGCACAAACCCAGGACCUGUAGCCAGUUCACCUCCAAAGUUGAGUCACACUUCAAAUGAGAGACUGAUCACUGGCAAGGACGCCACAGAUACAGAAGCUGUGCAUCCUUCCACAAACACAGCAGUGUCCAAUGUGGAGACCUCCAGCUCUGGACAUAAAUCCCCUUCCUCUGUCUUAGCUGACUCAGAUACAUCCAAAGCCACAUCACCAAUGUUUAUUACCUCCACCCAGGAAGACACAACAGUUGCCAUAUCAACCCCUCUAUUUGUGGAGACUAGUAGAAUUCAGAAAGAGUCAAUUUCCUCCCUGGCCCCUAAAUUGCGGGAGACCAGCAGCUCUGUAGAGACAAGCUCAGCCACAAAGACAAGUGCUGUCCUUUCUGAAGUGCCCGCUGGUACUACUACGGAGGUCUCUAGAACAGAAGUCACCUCCUCUAGCAGAACUUCCAUCUCUGGUCCUGCUGAGUCCACAGUGUUGCCAGAAAUAUCCACUACAAGAACAAUCAUUAGGUUCCCUUCCUCCCCCAUCAUGACAGAAUCAUCAGAAAUGACCAUCAAGACCCAAACAGGUCCUCCUGGGUCUUCACCAGACAGUACCCUUACAUUAGACACAUCAACCACACCCUCCUUGUUAAUAACCCACUCUACUAUGACUCAGAGAUUUCCACACUCUGAGAUAACCACUCUCAUGAGUAGAGGUCCUGGAGACGUGCCAUGGCCUAGCUCUCCCCUUGUGGAAGAAACCAGCCCUCCAUCUUCCCAGCUGUCUUUACCUGCCAUGAUCUCACCUUCUCCUGUUUCUUCCACAUCACCAGCAAGUAGCCACUCCUCUUCUGCUUCUGCGACUUCACUUCUCAUACCUGGUCAAGUGAAGACUACCGAGGUAUUAGACACAAGCGCACAGACUGAAACCAAUUCACCUCCAAGUUUGAGCAGCACCUCAGUUGAAAUACUGGCCACCUCUGAAGUCACCACAGAGACAGAGAAAAUUCAUCCUUUCUCAAACACAGCAGUAACCAAAGUUGGAUAUUCCAGCUCUGGACAUGCAUCCCCUUUCUCUAUCCUAGCUGACUUAGAGACAACCAAAGCCACAUCUCCAAUGGGUACUGUUUCCAUCAUGGCGGAUACAGGUGUUUCUACAUUAACUCCUGCCUUAUCUGACACUAGGAAAAUUCAUACAGAGCCAGCUUCCUCACUGCCCACCAGACUGAGGGAGACCAGCACCUCCAAAGAGACCAGCUCAGCCACAGAAACAAACACUGUUCUUUCUGAAGUGUCCACUGGUGCUACUACUGAGGUCUCCAGGACAGAAGCCAUCUCCCCUAGCAGAACAUCCAUCUCAGGCCUUGAGCAGCCCACAGUGUCACAAGACAUCUCCACAGAAACCAUCACCAGGAUUACUACCUCCUCUGUCAUGACAGAAUCUGCAAAAAUGACCAUCACAACCCAAACACGUCCUUCAGGGUCUACGCCAGAAAGUACUCUUAAUUUGGAUACAGCAACCACACCCUCUUGGGUAGGAACCCACUCUACAGUGAUUCAGGGAUUUCCACUCCCAGAGAUGACCACUUUCAUGAGAAGAGGUUCUGGAGGUGUGUCAUGGCCUAGCCCUCCCUUUGUGAAAGAAACCAGCCCUCCAUCUUCCCCGCUGUCUUUACCUGCCAUGGCCCCACCUCAUCCUGUUUCCACCACGUUACCAGCACAUAUCCCCGCCUCUCCCCUUCCUGUGACUUCACUUCUCACACCUGGCCCGGUGACAGAUGUCUUGGUCAUAAGCACAGAACUUGGAACCAGUUCAUCUUCAAAUUUGAGCAAAACCUCCCAUGAGAGACUGACCACUUACAAAGACAGUACACAUACAGAAGCCAUGCAUCCUUCUACAAACACAGGAGUGACAAAUGUGGUGACCACCAGCUCUGGAUAUAAAUCACAAUCCUCUGUCCUACCUGACUCAGAGACAUCCAAAGCCUCUUCUCCAAUAGAUACCACCUCCACCAUGGGGGAUACAAGUAUUCUCACAUCAACUCCUGCCCUCCUUGACACUAGGAGGAUUCAGACAGAGCCAACAUCCUUCCUGACCCCUGGAUUGAGGGAGACCAGCAGCUCUGAUGGGACCAGCUCAGGCACAAAGAUGAGUACUGUCCUUUCUAAAGUGCCCACUGGUACUACUACUGAGAUCUCCAAGGAAGAUGUUACCUCCAUCCCAGGUCCCGCUCAGUCCACAAUGUCACCAGACAUCUCCACUGGAACCACCAUCAGCUGGUUCUCUACAUCCCCUGUCAUGACAGAAUCAGCAGAAAUAACCAUGACCACCCACACAAGUCCUUUAGGGGCUAUAACGCAAGGCACCAAUACUUUGGACACAUCAAACACAACCUCUUUGACAAUGACACACUCACCUGUAUCUCAAGGAUUUUCACACUCACAGAUGAGCACUCUUAUGAGGAGGGGUCCUGAGGAUGUGUCAUGGAUGAACUCUCCCCUUCAGGAAAAAACUAGCUCUUCCUCUUCUCCAGUGUCUUCACCAGCCACAACUUCACCUUCUCCUGUUUCCUCCACAAUACCAGAGAGUAUCCCAUCCUCUCCUCUUACUAUGACUUCAUUCUUCAUGUCUGGCCUGACAAAAACUAUAGAUAUGUUGCACAAAAUCUCAGAACCUGUAACCAACUCACCUGCAAAUUUGAGCAGCACCUCAGUUGAAAUACUGGCCACUUCUGAAGUCACCACAGAUACAGAGAAAACUCAUCCUUCUUCAAAGAGAGCAGUGACUGAUGUGGGAACUUCCAGUUCUGGACAUGAAUCCCCUUUCUCUGUCCUAGCUGACUCACAGACAUCCAAAGCCACAUAUCCAAUGGCUAUCACUUCCACCAUGGAGAAUAUAAGGGUCUCCACAUCAAUUCCUGGCUUUUUCAGAACUAGCAGAGUUCAGACAGAACCAACAUCCUCCCUGACCCUUGGACUGAGGGAGACCAGCAGCUCUGAGGGGACCAGCUCAGCCACAGAGAUAAGCACUGUCCUUUCUGGAGUGUCCACUGGUGCCCCUGCUGAAGUCCCUAGGACAAAAAUCACCUCCUCUAGCAGAACAUCCAUCUCAGGCCCUGCUCAGCUCACAGCGUCACCAGACACCUCCACAAAAACCAUCACCAGACUCCUUACCUCCAUGAUGACAGAAUCAGCAGGAAUGACUAUCAAGACGCAAACAGAUCCUCCUGGGGCUGCACCAGAGAGUCCUCUUACUGUGGACAUAUCAACAGCUCCCUACUUGGUAGAAACCCACUCAACUAUGAUUCAGAGAUUUCCACACUCAGAGAUGUCCACCCUUGUGAGCACAGGCCCUGGCAAUGUGUUACAGCCUAGUCAACCCUCUGUGGAAGAAACCAGCUCUGCCUCUUCACUGCUGUCUUUACCUGCCACAACCACACCUUCUCCUGUCUCCUCUACAUUAGUGAGGGGUUUCCCUUCCUCUUCUUUUUCUGUGGCUUAUCUUGUCACCCCUGGCCUGGUGAUAACCACAGACAUGACAGGCAUAAGCAGAGAACCUGGAACCAGUUCCACUUCAAAUUUGAGCAGCACCUCCCAUGAAAGACUGACCACUUUGGAAGACACUGUAGAUACAGAAGCCACACAUCCUUCCACACAGACAGCAGUGACCAACGUGGGGACCUCCAGUUCUGGACAUGAAUCACAGUCUUCUGUCCUAGCUGACUCAGAGACAACCAAAGCCACAUCUCUGAUGGUUGCCACCUACACCAUGGAGGAUAUGAGUGUUUCCAUAUCCACUUCUGACUUCUUUGAGACCAGCAGAAUUCAGAUAGAGCCAACACCCUCCCUGACCCCUCGAUUGAGGGAGACCAGUAGCUCUGAGGGGAUCAGCUCAGCCCCAGAGAGAAGCACUGUCCUUUCUGAAGUGCCCAGUGGUGCUCCCACUGAAGUCUCCAGGACAGAAGUCAUCUCCUCUAGUGGGACAUCCAUGUCAGAGCCUGAUCAGUCCACAGUGUCACCAGACAUCACCACUGAAGUGAUCACCAGGCUUUCCACCUCUCCCAUUAUGACAGAAUCAGCAGAGAGUGCCAUCACUAUUCAUACAGGUUCUCCUGAGGCUGUAUCACAGGGUACCCUCACCUUGGACACCUCAACAACAACCUUUUGGUCAGGGACCCAUUCAACUGCAUCUUCAGGAUUUUCACACUCAGAGAUUACCACUCUUAUGAGUAGAACUCCUGGAGAUGUGCCAUGGCUGAGCCAUCCCUCUGUGGAAGAAACCAUCCCUAUCUCUUCCCUGCUGUCUUCACCUGCCAUGACCUCACCUUCUCCUUUUUCCUCCACAUUAUCAGAGAGCAUCCUCUCCUCUCCUCAUCCUGUGACUGCACUUCUCACCCCUGGCCCGAUGAAGAACACAGACAUGUUGGGUACAAGCUCAGAACCUGAAACCAGUUCACCUCCAAAUUUGAGCAGCACCUCAGCUGAAAUAUUAGCCACCUCUGAAGUCACCAAAGAUACAGAGAAAAUGUAUCCCUCCUUGAACACAGCAAUGACCAAUGUAGGAACCUUGGUUUAUAAACAUCAAUCCCCUUCCUCUGUUUUGGCUGACUCAGUGACAACAAAAGCCACAUCUCCAAUGGGUACCACCUCUGCUAUGGAGAAUACAAAUAUUUUCACAUCAACUCCUGCCUUCCCAGAAACGAUGAUGAUUCAGACAGAGUCAACUUCCUCCCUGACCUCUGGAUUAAGGGAGAUCAGCACUUCUGAAGAGACAAGCUCAGCCACAGAGAGAAGUGCUUUUCUUUCUGGGAUGCCCACUGGUGCUACUACUGAGGUCUCCAGGACAGGAGCCAUCUCCUCUAGCAGAACAUCCUACCCAGGUCCUGCUCAAUCCACAAUGUCACCAGACUUCUCCACGGAAACCAUCACUAGAAUUUCUACCCCCCUCAACAGGAAAGAAUCAGCAGAAAUGACCAUCACCCCCAAAACAGGUCCAUCUGGGGCAUCCUCACAACGUGCCUUUACCUUGGAUGCAUCAAGCACAGCCUCCUGGCCAGGAACUCACUCAGCUGCAACUCAGAGAUCUCCACAAUCAGCCGUGACCAUUCCUAUGAGCAGAGGUUCUGAGGAUCUGUCAUGGUCAAGCCCCUCAUCAGUGGAAAAAACUAGCCCUCCAUCUUCCCUGGUGCCUUCACCUGCAGUAACCUCACCUUCUCCACUUUAUUCCACAACGUCUGGGUGGAGCCACUCCUCUCCUCUCCUGGCAACUUCUCCUUUUACCUCUGGCAUGAUGAAGACCACAGACAGGUUGGACACAAGCUUAGAACCUGUGACCACGUCACCUCCCAGUAUGAAUAUCACCUCAGAUGAGAGUCUGGCCACUUCUAAAGCCACCAUGGAGAUAGAGGCAAUUGAGGUUUCUGAAAACACAGUAAUGACUCAUGUGGGAACCACCAGAGCUAUACAGGAAGUAUAUUCCUCUUCCCAAGGCUUCUCAGAGCUACCCAAAGUGACAUCUCCAACGAUUACCCCUUCUACCAUAAAAGAUUUUGUUUCUACAACCAUACCUGCUUCCUCUGAGAUAACAAGAAUUAAGAUGGGGUCAACAUCUACACUGACUCCUACACCAAGGGAGAACAGCACCUCCCAGGAGAUUCACUCAGCCACAGAGACAAGCACUGUUCCUUACAAAGUGCUCACUGGUGCCAUGAUGGAGGACUCCAGGACACAAGUCACAUCCUCUAGCAGAGGACCUAGCCCUGAUCAGUCAACAAUGUCACCAGACAUCUCCACUGAAGUGAUCACCAGGCUGUCUACCUCCCCCAUCAAGACAGUAUCUGCAGAAAUGACCAUUACCACCCAAAAGGGUUCUCCUGGGGCCACAUCACAGGGUACCCUCACCUCGGACACCUCAACAACACCCUUUUUGUCAGGGACCCACUCAACUGCAUCUCAAGGAUUUUCACACUCAGAGAUGACCACUCUUAUGAGUAGAACUCCUGGAGAUGUGCCAUGGACGAGCCAGCCCACUGUGGAAGAAGCCAGCUCUGUCUCUUCUUUGCUGUCUUCACCUGCUAUGACCUCACCUUCUCCUGUUUCCACCACAAUCCCAGACAGCAUCCCCUCCUCUUCUCUUCCUGUGACAUCACUUCUCACCUUGGGCCCAGUGAAGACUACAGAGCUAUUGGACACAAGUUCAGAACCUGAAACCAGUUCACCUCCAAAUCUGAGCAGCACCUUGGCUGAAAUACUGACUACUUCUGAGGUCACCCCAGAUACAGAGAAACUGGAGGUGACCAAUGUGGGAACUUCAGGUUAUACACAUGAAUCUUCCUCCUCUGUCCUAGCUGACUCAGUGACAACAAAAGCCACAUAUCCAAUGGGUAUCACCUCCCCUAUAAGAGAUACAAGUGUUCUCACAUCAAGUCCUUCCUUCUCUGACACUAGUGGGAUUCAGACAGAGCCAACACUCUCACUGACUCCUGGGUUGAGUGAGAGCAGCACCUCUGAAGGGACUAGCUCAGCCACGGAAACAAGCACUGUCCAUUCUAGCAUGCUCACUGGUGCUACUCCUGAGGUCUCCAGGACAGGAGCCAUCUCCUCUAGCAGAACAUCCACCCAAGGCCCUGCUGAAUCCACAAUGUCACCAGACAUCUCCAUGGAAACCAUCACUAGAAUUUCUAUACCCACCACCAGGAAAGACUCAGCAGAAAUGACCAUCACCCCCAAAACAGGUCCAUCUGGGGCAUCCUCACAACGUGCCUUUACCUUGGAUGCAUCAAGCACAGCCUCCUGGCCAGGAACUCACUCAGCUGCAACUCAGGGAUCUCCACAAUCAGCCAUGACCACUCCUAUGAGCAGAGGUUCUGAGGAUCUGUCAUGGUCAAGCCCCUCAUCAGUGGAAAAAACUAGCCCUCCAUCUUCCCUGGUGCCUUCACCUGCAGUAACCUCACCUUCUCCACUUCAUUCCACACCAUCUGGGAGGAGCCACUCCUCUCCUCUCCUGGAGACUUCUCUUUUCACCUCUGGCACAGUGAAGACCACAGACAUGCUGGACACAAGCUUGGAACCUGUGACCACGUCACCUCCCAGUAUGAAUAUCACCUCAGAUGAGAGUCUGGCCACUUCUAAAGCCACCAUGGAGACACAGACAGUUUACAUUUCUGAAAACACAGCAGUCACCCAUGUGGAAAUGACCAGUGCUAGAGAGGAAUUCUAUUCUUCCUCCCCAGCCUUCUCAGAGCCAACCAAAGUGACGUCCCCAAUGAUUACCUCUUCCUCUAUAAGAGACAACAUUGUUUCCACAACAAUGCCUGGCUCCUCUGGGAUUACAAGGAUUGAGAUAGAGUCAGUGUCUUUUCUGACCCCUGGACUAAGGGAGACCAGAACCUCCCAGGACAUCGUCUCAUCCACAGAGACAAGCACUGUCCUUUACAAGAUGCCCUCUGGUACCACUCCUGAAGUUUCCAGGACAGAAUUUAUGCCCUCUAGCGGAACAUCCAUUCCUGGCCCUGCUCAGUUCACAAUGUCUCCAGACAUCGAUGAAGUCGUCACCAGGCUCUCUACCUCCCCCAUCAUGACAGAACCUGCAGAAAUAACCACCACCCAGACAGGUUCUUCUCUAACUACAUCUCAGGUUACUCUUCCCUUGGACACCUCAACUACCUUCUUGUUAGGGACCCACUCGACUGUGUCUCAAGGACUUUCACACUCAGAGAGGACAAAUAUUAUGAGCAGGGGUCUUGAAAAUAUGUCAUGGAUGAGCCCUCACUUUGUGGAAACAACUAGAUCUUCCUCUUCCCUGACAUCAUUACCUCUUAUGACCUCAUUUUCUCCUGUGUCCUCCACAUUAGUAGAGAGUAGCCCCUCCUCUCCUCUUCCUGUGACUUCACUUAUCCUCCCAGGACUGGUGAAGACUACAGAAGUGUUGGGCACUGCAGAAGUGUCGGGCACAAGCUCAGAGCCUAAAACCAGUUCAUCCCCAAAUUUGCACAGUACCUCAGUUGAAAUGCCGGCCACCUCUGAAGUCAUCACAGAUACAGAGAAAAUUCACUCUUCCUCAAACACAGCGGUGACCAAAGUGGGGACCUCCAGUUCUGUCCAUGAAUCUCAUUCCUCUGUCUUAGCUGACUCAGAAACAACUACAACCACAUCAUCAAUGGGUAUCACCUCUCCUAUGGAGGAUGCCAGUGUUUCCACAUCAACUCCUGCCUUCUCUGAGACUAGGAGGAUUCUGACAGAGCCAACAUUCUCAGUGACUCCUGGAUUCAGGGAGACUAGCACCUCUGAAGAGACCAGCUCAAUCACAGAAACAAGUGCAGUCCUUUUUGGGGUGCCCACUAGUGCUAUUACUGAGGUCUCCAUGACAGAAAUCACGUCCUCUAACAGAACAUGCAUCCCUGACUCUGAUCAGUCCACAGUGUCUCCAGACACAAGUACCGAAGUGUUCACCAGGCUCCCUUCCUCCUUCAUGAUGUCAGAAUCAACAGAAAUGACCAUCACCCCCCAAACAAGGUCUCCUGGGGCUACAACACAGAGUACGCUUACCCUGACUGCAACCACAACAGCACCCUUGGCAGGGACCCACUCAACUGUUCCUCAAAGAUUUUUACACUCAGAGAUGACAACUCUUAUUAGUAGGAGUCCUAAAAAUCCAUCAGGGAAGAGCUCUCCCUUUGUGGAAAAAAGUAGCUCUUCCUCUUCUGUGUUGUCCUUACCUGCCAUGACCUCACCUUCUGUUUCUUCCACAUUCCCACAGAGUUUCCCUUCCUCCUCUUUUCCUGUGACUUCACUCCUUACCCCAGGCAUGGUGAAGACUACAGCCACCAGCACAGAACCUGGAACGAGUUUAUCUCCAAAUCUGAGCAGAACCUCAGUUGAAAUACUGGCUGCCUCUGAAGUCACCACAGAUGCAGAGAAAAUUCAUCCUUCUUCAAGCACCGCAGUGACCAAUGUGGGAACCACCAGUUCUGGACAUGAACUGCGUUCCUCUGUUCCAGUCCACUCUGAGCCAUCUGAGGCUGCAUAUCCAAUGGGUACAUCUUCUUCCAUGGCAGAAACCACUAUUUUCACAUCAAUGCCUGCCAAUUUUGAGAUCACAAGGUUUGAGGCAGAGCCAUUUUCUCAUUUGACUUCUGGAUUUAGGGAGACUAGCAUGUCCCUGGACAAAAGCUCAGUCACGCCAACAAAUACACCUUCAUCUCCUGUGUCUACACACCUCUUACAGAGUUCCAAGACUGAUAUCACCUCUUCUGUGAAAACAUCAUUCCCAGACCAACCUCCAGCCUCACAGUAUACUGAAAUUCCAGAGGAAAUAAUCACCCCCUUUAAUGCUUCUCUAUCUGUUAUGGAGUCCACUGGGAUAACCUCCUUCCCAGAAUCCAAGUUUACUGUGUCUGUAUCAGAAAGUACUCAUCAUCUGAGUACAGAUUUGCGGCAUUCAGCUGAGACUAUUUCCACUGGCACAGCGAUGCCUUCUCUAUCAGAGACCAUGGCUUCAUUUGCCACCACUGGAGUUCCACGAGCCAUCUCAGGCUCAAGUAGUCCACUUUCUAGGACAGAGUCAAGCCCUGGAGAUGCUAAUCUGUCCACCAGUGCAGAGAGCCUGCCUUCAUCCACUCCAGUGCCAUUCUCCUCUUCAACCUUCACUAUCACUGAUUCUUCAACCAUCCCAGCCCUCCAUGGGAUAACUUCCUCUCCAGCUACCCCACACAGAAUGGACACCAGUUCUGGGACAGAGGGCAGCACUAUUGAAGGACACUUGGUUACAGUCAGUACUUUGGACACUUGGAGCCAACCAGCUAGGACAUCUUCAUCACCCAUUUUGGAUACCAGAAUGACCGAGAGUGUUGAGCUGGGAAUGAUGACAAGUGCUUAUCAAGUUCCUUCACUCUCAACACGAUUGACAAGAACCGAUGGCAUUGUGGAGCGCAUCACAAAAAUACCCAGUGAAGCAGCACACAGAGGUACCAUAAGACCAGUCAAAAGCCCUCAGACAUCUACAUCACCUGCCAGUACUAAAGGACUACACACAGGAGGGACAAAAAGAAUGCAGACCACUACCACAUCUCUGAAGACCACCACCACAGCUUUGAAGACCACUUCCAGAGCCACCUUGACCACCAGAGUCUAUACUCCCACUUUGGGAACACUGACUCCUCUCAAUACAUCGAUGCAAAUGGCUACCACAAGCACUACAGACAUGAUUAUCACAACCCCACAUGUUUCCCCAGAUGUUGCAGAAAUGACAUCCUCAUUGGCUACCAGCCGGGGAGCAGAGACCAGCACAGCUGUUCUCAGGACAACCCCAUCUGUUUUAAAUAGAGAAUCAGAGACCACAGCCUCACUGGUUCCUAGUUCUGGGGCAGAGACAAGUCCAGCUAUUCAAACUCUAGAUGUUUCUUCUAGUGAGCCAGAUACAACAACCUCAUGGGCUAUCCAUCCUGCAGAGACCAUCCCAAGUAUUUCCAAGACAACUCCUGAUUUUUUCCACAGUGAAUCAGACACUGUAUCUUCCACAGCCACCGGUCAUGGGGCAGAAGUCACUUCAGCCAUUCCAACAAAUAUCUCACCUAGUGAACCAGGUGCACUGACACCUCUGGUCACUAUUUCUGGGACAGAUACGAGUACAACUUUCCCAACCCUAACUAAGUCCCCACAUGAAACAGAGACAAGAACCACAUGGCUCACUCAUCAUGCAGAGACCAGCUCAACAGUUCCCAGAACAAUCCUCAAUUUUCCCCAUCAUCAAUCAGAUGCCACACCUUCGGUGGCCACCAGUCCUGGGGCAGAAACCAGUUCAGCCGUUCCAACUAUGACUAUCUCACCUGGUGCAGCAGAUCUGGUGACCUCACAGGUCACUAGUUCUGGGACAGACAGAAAUUUGGCUAUUCCAACUUUGACUCUUUCUCCUGGUGAACGAAAGACCACAGCCUCAUUAGUCACCCAUCCUGAAGGACAGACAAGUUCGGGCGUUCCAACUUUAACGAUCUCACCUGGAGUAUCAGGGAUGGUGACUUCAGUGGUCACCAGUUUGGGGGCAGAGACAAGUACAACUAAUCCAGCUCUGACCAUCUCCCCUGGUGAACCAGCUACAACAGUUUCAUUGGUCACUCAUCCUGCACAGACCAGCCCAACAGUUCCCUGGACAGCUUCCAUUUUUUUCCAUAGUAAAUUAGACACCAUACCUUCAAUGACCACCAGUCAUGGGACAGAAGCCAGCUCAGCUGUUCCAACUCCACCUGUUUCACCUGAGGUACCAGGAGUGGUGACACCUCUGGUCACUAGUUCCACAGCAGUGAGCAGUACAACUAUUCCAAUUCUGACUCUUUCUCCUGGUAAACCAGACACUACACCUUCAAUGACUACCAGUCAUGGGGCAGAAGCCAGCUCAGCUGUUCCAACUCCAACUGUUUCACCUGGGGUACCAGGAGUGGUGACCUCUUUGGUCACUAGUUCUAUGGCAGUGUCCAGUACAACUAUUCCAAUUCUAACUCUUUCUCCUGGUGAACAAAAGACUAUACCUUCAAUGGCCAGCAGUCAUGGGGCAGAAGCCAGCUCAGCUGUUCCAACUCCAAUUGUUUCACAUGGGGUGCCAGGAGUGGUCACCUCUAUGGUCACUAGUUCUAGGGCAAUGACCAGCACAACUAUUCCAACUCUGACUCUUUCUCCUGGUGAACCAGAGACCACACCUUCAAUGGCCACCAGUCAUGGGGCAGAAGCCAGCUCAGCUGUUCCAGCUGUUUCAUCUGAGGUACCAAGAGUGGUGACCUCUCUGGUCACUAGUUCUAGUGCAGUAACCAGUACAAUUAUUCCAACUCUGACUAUUUCUUCUGGUGAACCAGAGACCACACCUUCAUUGGUCACCCAUUCUGAGGCAAAGACAAUUUCAGCCAUUCCAACUUUAGCUGUCUCCCCUACUGUACAAGGGCUGGUGACUUCACUGGUCACUAGUUCCGAGUCAGAGACCAGUGUGUUUCCAAAUCUAACUGUUGCCUCAGGUCCACCAGAGACCACAGCCUCAUGGGUCACUCAUCCUGGGACAGAAAUAAGCUCUGUUUAUUCGAGUUUGACUGUCUCCACUGGUGAGCCAUUUACAACGAUCUCAUUUGUCACCUACCCUGCAGAGAAUAGCUCAACUGUUCCCAGGACAACCCCAAGCUUUUUCCAUAAUGAAUCAGACUCUAUCCCUUCAACAAUCACCAGUCCUGAGGCAGAAUCCAGCUCAGCCAUUUCAACAACUAUCUCACUUGGUAUACCACGUAUGCUGACUUCACUGGUCACUAGCUCUGGGACAGACACCAGUGCAACUUUUCCAACAGUGUCUGAGUUUCCACAUGAAUCAGAGGCAACAGCCUCAUGGGUUACUCAUCCUGCAGUCACCAGCACAACAGUUCCCAGGACAACCUCUAAUUUUUCUCACAGUGAACCAGACACCACACCCUCCAUAGCCACUAGCCCUGGGGCAGAAGCCAGUUCAGCUUUUCCAACAAUAACUGUCUCACCUAAUGUACCAGAUAUGGUGACCUCACAGGUCGCUAGUUCUGGGACAGACACCAGUAUAACUAUUCCAACUGUGACGCUUUCUCCUGGUGAACCAGAAACCACAACCUCAUUUAUCACCUAUUCUGAGACACACACAAGUUCAGCCAUCCCAACUCUGACUGUCUCCCCUAGUGCAUCAAAGAUGCUGACCUCACUGAUCACUAGUUCUGACACAGAGGCCAGUACAAUUUUUCCAACUCAAACUGAUUACCCACAUGAAUCAGAGACAACAGCCUCAUGGCUCAUCCAUUCUUGGACAGAAGCCAGUUCAGCUUCCCCAGCUAUGACUGUUUCUCCUGGUAAGCCAGAUACAGCAGCCUGGCAGGUCACUCAUUCUGCAGAGGCCAGCACACCUGUUUCCAGAAUAACCCCCAAUUUUCCCCCUAGUGAAUCAGACACGACACCUUUCAUGGUCACCAGUCCUGGUGCAGAAGUCACUUCAGCCAUUCCAGCAACAACUCUCUCACCUGGUGUAUCAGAUACACUGACCUCACUGGUCACUAGUUCUGGGACAGACAGCACUACAACGUUCCCAGUGCUGACCGAGACCCCAUAUGAACCGGAGACAACAGCUACACAGCUCAUUCCUCCUGCAGAGACCAACACAAUGGUUCCCAGGACUACUCCCAAGUUUUCCCAUAGGGAGUCAGACACCACACUCCCAGUUGCCACCACCAGUCCUGGGCCAGAAGCCAGUUCAGCUGUUUUAACCACAGCUGUCUCACCUGGUAUGUCAGAUCUGGUGACCUCACUGCUCCCUAGUUCUGGGACAGACACCAGUACAAUUUUCCCUACAUUGACUGAGACCCCAUAUGCACCAGAGGCUACAGCCACAUGGUUCACUCAUCCUGCAGAGACCAGCACAACGGUUCCUAGGACAACUGUCAACUUUUCCCAUAGUGGAGCAGACACGAAGCCCUCAAUGGCCACCAGUCCUAGAGCAGAAGCCAGGUCAGUUGUUCCAACUACAACCAUCUCACCAGGGGUAGUGACCUCACAGGUCACAAGUUCUGCAACAGCCACUAGUGCAGCUAUUCCAAUGUUGACUCCUUCUCUUGGUGAACCAGAGACCACAGCCUCACUGAUUACCCAUCCUGGGGCACAGACUGGCUCCACUGUUCCAACUCUGACUGUUCCCUCUAGUGAGCCAGAUACAACAGCUUCCUGGGUCACUCAUCCUGCACAGACCAGCACACCCAUUUCCAGAACAACCCCUAGUUUUUCCCACAGUAGACCAGAUGCCACACUUUUAAUGGCCACCAGUCCUGGGACAGAAGCCAGUUCAGCUGUGCUGACAACAAUGGUCUCACCUGGUGUACCAGAGAUGGUGACUUCACCGAUCACUAGUUCUGGGGCUGCAACCAGUACAACUAUUCCAACUUUGACUCAUUUUCCUGGUAUGCCAGAGACCACCGCCUUAUUGAUCACCCAUCCCGGCACAGAGACAAACACAUUUCCUGCUUCAACUGUGUUUCCUCAAGUAUCAGAGGCCACACCCUCACUAUCCAUUAGACCUGGUGCAGAGCCUAGUACAGCUCUUCCAACUCAGCCUAGUUCAGCCCUUCCAACUCAGACAGCAUCCUCUCUCUUCACCCUACUUGUAACUGGAACCAGCAGAGUUGAUCUGAAUCCAUCUGCUUCACCUGGUGUUUCUGCAAAAACAGCCUCACUUUCCACCCAUCCUGGGACAGAAACCAGCAGCACAAUUCCGACUUCGACUCUUUCCCUUGGCUUAUUAGAGACUACAGGCUUGUUGAGCACCAGCUCUUCAGCAGAGACCAGCACUCUCACUCUGAGCAUUUCCCCUGCUGUCUCUGGGCUUCCCAGUGCCUCUAUAACAACUGGUAAGCCCCAAACUGUGACCUCCUGGCACACAGGAACCUCACCAUCUGUGACUUCACUUGGACACCCAGAAUUUUCCAGGACUGUCACAGGUACCACUAUGACCUUGAUACCAUCAGAGACACCAACAUCACCUAAAACCAGUCAUGGAGAAGGAGUGAGUCCAACCCCUAUCUUGAGAACGACAACAGUUGAGACCACUAAGUUAGUUGCCACAGGCUCCAGUUCCACUGUGGCCAAGACCACGACCACCUUCAAUACACUGAGUGGAAGCUCCUUUGCCCCUCUGACCACACCUGGGAUCUCCACCUUGGCCUCUGAGAGUGUGACCUCAAGAACAGCUGACAUUCCUUUGUUGAUGCCUUUCACUGUCAACUUCACCAUUACCAACCUGCAAUACAUGAAGGACAUGGUGUUCCCGGGCUCUGAAAUAUUCAAUGCCACUGAGAAGAUCCUGCAGCAGCUGCUCAAGCCUUUGUUCCAGAACAGCAGUAUUGGUUCCCUCUAUGCUGGCUGCAGGCUGACCUCGCUCAGGCCAGAGAAGGAUGGAUCAGCCACGGCAGUGGACGCCAUCUGCACACAUCGCCCCGACCCUGCAGGGCUCAGACUGGACAGACAGCGACUAUACUGGGAGCUGAGCAAACUGACCAAUGGCAUCCACAAGCUGGGCCCCUACACCCUGGACAGGAACAGCCUCUAUGUCAAUGGUUUCACCCAUCGGAGCUCUGUGUCCACCAUCAGCACUCCUGGGACCUCCAUAGUGGAUGUGGGAACCUCAGGGACUCCAUCCUCCAUCUCCAGCCCCAUAACAGCUGUUCCUCUCCUGGUGCCAUUCACCCUCAACUUCACCAUCACCAACCUGCAGUAUGAGGAGGACAUGCGUCGCCCUGGCUCCAGGAAGUUUAACACAACAGAGAGGGUCCUACAGGCUCUGCUCAGGCCCCUGUUCAAGAACACCAAUGUUGGCCCUCUGUACUCUGGCUGCAGACUGACCUUGCUCAGGCCCGAGAAGGAUGGGGCAGCCACUGGAGUGGAUGCCAUCUGCACCCACCGCCUUGACCCCAAAAGCCCUGGACUCAACAGGGAGCACCUGUACUGGGAGCUAAGCAAGCUGAACAAUGGCGUCAAAGAACUGGGCCCCUAUACCCUGGACAGGAACGGUCUCUAUGUCAAUGGUUUCACCCAUCGGAGCUCUGUGCCCACCACCAGCACUCCUGGGGCUUCCACAGUGGAUCUUGGAACCUCAGGGACUCCACCAUCCCUCUCCAGCUCCACUAUUACAGCUGCUGGCCCUCUCCUGGUGCCGUUCACCCUCAACUUCACCAUCACCAACCUUCAGUAUGAGGAGGACAUGCAUCGCCCUGGCUCUAGGAAGUUCAACACCACAGAAAGCGUCCUGCAGGGUCUGCUUGGUCCUAUAUUCAAGAACACCAGUGUCGGCCCUCUGUACUCUGGCUGCAGACUGACCUCUCUCAGGUCUGAGAAGCAUGGGGCAUCCACUGGAGUGGAUGCCAUCUGCACUCACCAUCUUGACCCUAAAAGCCCUGGACUCAACAGAGAGCGGCUGUACUGGGAGCUGAGCCAUCUGACAAAUGGCAUCAGAGAGCUGGGCCCCUACACCCUGGACAGGAACAGUCUCUAUGUCAAUGGUUUCACCCCUCGGAGCUCUGUGCCCACCACCAGCACUCUUGGGACCUCCACAGUGGACCUAGGAACCUCAGGGACUCCAUCCUCCCUUCCCAGCCCCACAACUGCUGGCUCUCUCCUGGUGCCAUUCACCCUCAACUUCACCAUCACCAACCUGCAGUAUGAGGAGGACAUGCAUCAACCUGGCUCCAGGAAGUUUAACACCACAGAAAGGGUCCUUCAGGGCCUGCUUGGUCCCAUAUUCAAGAACACCAGUGUCGGCCCUCUAUAUUCUGGCUGCAGACUGGACUCUCUCAGGCCCAAGAAGCAUGGGGCAUCCACUGGAGUGGAUGCCAUCUGCACCCACCAUCUUGACCCCAAAAACCCUGGACUCAAUAGAGAGCAGCUGUACUGGGAGUUGAGCCAGCUGACCAGUGGCAUCAAACAGCUGGGCCCCUACACCCUGGAUGGGAACAGUCUCUAUGUCAAUGGUUUCACCCACAGGAGGUCCGUGCCCACCACCAGCACUCCUGGGACCUCCACAGUGGGACCUGGAACCUCAGCAACUCCAUCCUCCCUCCCCAGCCCCACAACAGCUGUUCCUCUAUUGGUGCCGUUCACCCUCAACUUCACCAUCACCAACCUGCAGUAUGAGGAGGACAUGCAUCGUCCUGGAUCCAGAAAGUUCAACACCACAGAGAGGGUCCUGCAGCGUCUGCUUGGUCCCUUGUUCAAGAACUCCAGUGUCGGCCCUCUGUACUCUGGCUGCAGACUGACCUCUCUUAGGUCUGAGAAGCAUGGGGCAUCCACUGGAGUGGAUGCUAUCUGCACUCACUAUCUUGACCCUAAAAGUCCUGGACUCAACAGAGAGCGGCUGUACUGGGAGCUGAGCCAGCUGACCAAUGGUAUCAAAGAGCUGGGCCCCUAUACCCUGGACAGGAACAGUCUCUAUGUCAAUGGUUUCACCCAUUGGAGCUCCAUGCCCACCACCAGCACUCCUUGGACUUCCACAGUGGACCUUGGAACCCUAGGGACUCCAUCCUCCCUUCCCAGCCCCACAGCAGCUGUUCCUCUCCUGCUGCCAUUCACCCUCAACUUCACCAUCACCAACCUGCGAUAUGAGGAGGACAUGCAUCGUCCUGGCUCCAGGAAGUUCAAAACCACAGAGAGAGUCCUGCAGGGUCUGCUUGGUCCCAUUUUCAAGAACACCAGUGUCGGCCCUCUGUACUCUGGCUGCAGACUGAACUCUCUUAGGCCGGAGAAGGAUGGGGCAGCCACUGAAGUGGAUGCUACCUGCUUCUACCACGCUGACCCCAAAAGCCCUGGGCUGGACAGAGAGCAGCUGUACUGGGAGCUGAGCCAGCUGACCCACAGCAUCACUGAGCUGGGCCCCUAUGCCCUGGACAGGGACAGUCUCUAUGUCAAUGGUUUCACCCAUCGGAGCUCUGUGACCGCCACCAGUACUCCUGGAACCUCCACAGUGCACCUGGCAAUCUCUGGGACUCCAUCCUCCCUCCCCAGCCACAUAGCCCCUGGCCCUCUCCUGAUACCAUUCACUCUCAACUUUACCAUCACCAACCUGCAUUAUGAGGAAAACAUGCAACACCCUGGCUCCAGGAAGUUCAACACCACAGAUAGGGUGCUGCAGGGUCUGCUCAAGCCCUUGUUUAAGAACACCAGUGUCGGCCCUCUGUACUCUGGUUGCAGACUGACCUUGCUCAGACCUGAAAUGGAUGGGGCAGCCACUGGAGUGGAUGCCAUCUGCACCCACCGCCUUGAUCCCACUGGCCCUGGACUGGACAAAGAGCAGCUAUACUGGGAGCUGAGCCAGCUGACCAAGGGCAUCACAGAGCUGGGCCCCUACACCUUGGACAGGGGCAGUCUCUAUGUCAAUGGCUUCACCCGUCGGAGCUCUGUGCCAACCACCAGCAUUCCUGGGACCUCUGCAGUGUACCUGGGAACCUCUGGGACUCCAGCCUCUCUCCCUGGCCACACAGUCCCUGGCCCUCUCCUGGUGCCAUUCACCCUCAACUUCACCAUCACCAACCUGCAGUAUGAAGAAGACAUGCGUCACCCUGGUUCCAGGAAGUUCAACACCACGGAGAGAGUCCUGCAGGGUCUGCUCAAGCCCUUGUUCAAGAGCACCAGCGUCGGCCCUCUGUACUCUGGCUGCAGACUGACCUCGCUAAGGCCUGAGAAACAUGGGGAAGCCACCAGUGUGGAUGCCAUCUGCACUCACCACCUUGACCCCAAAAACCGUGGACUGGACAGAGAGCAGCUGUACUGGGAGCUGAGCAAACUGACCCAUGGCAUCACUGAGCUGGGCCCCUACCUCCUGGAUAGGGACAGUCUCUAUGUCAAUGGUUUCACCCAUUGGAACUCUGUACCCAUCACCAGCACUCCUGGGACCUCCACAGUGCAUUUGGGAACCUCUGGAACUCCAUCCUCCCUACCUAGACCCACAGUGCCUGGACCUCUCCUGGUGCCAUUCAACCUCAACUUCACCAUCACCAACUUGCAGUAUGAGGAGGACAUGCAACAUCCUGGCUCCAGGAAGUUCAACACCACGGAGAGGGUCCUACAGGGUCUGCUCAGGCCCUUGUUCAAGAAUACCAGUAUUGGCCCUCUGUACUCCAACUGCAGACUGACCUUGCUCAGGCCAGAGAAGGACAAGGAAGCCACUGGAGUGGAUGCCAUAUGUACCUACCACCUUGAUGCCCAAAGCCCUGGACUGGAUAGAGAACAGCUGUACUGGGAGCUGAGCUGGUUAACCCAUGACAUCGCUGAGCUGGGCCCCUACACCCUGGACAGGGACAGUCUCUAUGUCAAUGGUUUCACUCAUUGGAUCUCCAUAUCAACCACCAUCACUCCUGGGACCUCCACCGUGCACCUGGGAACCUCUGGGAUCCCAUCUUCCCUCCCUAAACCUACAGCCGCCAGCCCUCUCUUAGUGCCAUUCACACUCAACUUCACCAUCACUAACCUACAGUAUGAGGAGGACAUGGGUCACCCUGGCUCCAGGAAGUUCAACACCACGGAGAGGGUUCUGCAGGGUCUGCUCAAGCCCUUGUUCAACAGCACCAGUGUUGGACCUCUAUACUAUGGCUGCAGACUGACCUUGCUCAGGCCUGAAAAGGAUGGAGCAGCCACCAGAUUAGACACCGUCUGCCACUAUCGCCCUGACCCCAAAAGCCCUGGGCUAGACAGAGAGCAGCUGUACUGGGAGCUGAGCCAGUUGACCCACAGCAUCACUGAGCUGGGCCCCUACACCCUAGACAGGAACAGUCUCUAUGUCAAUGGAUUCACCCAUCAGAGCCCUGUGCCCACCACCAGCACUCCUGGGACCUUCACAGUACAGCUGGAAACCUCUGGGACUCCAUCAUCCCUCCCUGGUCCCACAGCCACCGGCCCCCUACUGCUGCCAUUUACCCUCAAUUUUACCAUCACUAACCUGCAGUAUAAGGAAGACAUGCAUCGCCCUGGCUCCAGGAAGUUCAACACCAUGGAGAGGGUCCUUCAGGGUCUGCUCAGGCCCUUGUUCAAGAACACCAGUGUCGGCCCUCUAUACUCUGGCUGCAGACUGGCCUUACUCAGGCCUGAGAAGGAUGGGGCAGCUACCAGAGUGGAUGCUGUCUGCACCCAUCGUCCUGACCCCAAAAACCCUGAGCUGGACAGAGAGCGGCUGUACUGGGAGCUGAGCCAGCUGACUCAGAGCAUCACUGAGCUGGGCCCCUACACCCUGGACAAGAGCAGUCUCUACAUCAAUGGUUUCACCCAUCGGAGUUCCCUGAUGACCACCAGAACUCCUGGGACCCCCACAGUAGAUCUGGGAAUGUCUAAGACUUCAGCCUCGAUACUUGGCCCUUCAGCUGCCAGCCAUCCCCCAAUACCAUUCACCCUCAACUUCACCAUCACUAACCUGCGGUAUGAGGAGAACAUGUGGCCUGGCUCCAGGAAGUUCAAUGCUACAGAGAGGGUCCUUCAGGGUCUGCUAAGGCCCUUGUUCAAGUACACCAGUGUUGGCCCUCUGUACUCUGGCUGCAGACUGACCUUGCUCAGGUCUGAGAAGGAUGGGGAAGCUACCAGAGUGGACGCCAUCUGCACCUAUCACCCUGACCCCACAGGCCCUGGGCUGGACAGAGAGCAGCUGUAUUUGGAGCUGAGCCAGCUGACCCACGGCUUCACUGAGCUGGGCCCCUACACCCUGAACAGGGACAGUCUCUAUGUCAAUGGUUUCACCCAUCGGAGCUCUGUGCCCACCACCAGCACCAGGGAGCUCAGCAAAGAGCCGUUCACACUGAACUUCACCAUCAACAACCUGCGCUAUAUGGCGGACAUGGGCCAGCCUGGCUCUCUCAAGUUCAACAUCACAGACAGCCUCAUGCAACACCUGCUCAGUCCUUUGUUCCAGAAGAGCAGCCUGGGCGCACGGUACACAGGCUGCAGGGUCAUCGCGCUAAGGUCUGUGAAGAACAGCACUGAGACACAAGUGGACAUCCUCUGCACCUACCUGCAGUCCCCCAGUGGCCCAGGUCUGCCUACCAAGCAAGUGUUCCAUGAGCUGAGCCAGCAGACCCAUGGCAUCACCCGGCUGGGCCCUUACUCUCUGGACAAAGACAGUCUCUACCUUAAUGGUUAUAAUGAACCUGGUCCAGAUAAGCCUCCUACAACUCCCAAGCCAGCCACCACAUUCCUGCCUCCUCUGUCAGAAGCCACAACAGCCACAGGGAACCACCUGAAGACGCUCAUACUCAGCUUCACCAUCUCCAAUCUCCAGUAUUCACCAGGCAUGGGCAAUGGCUCAGCUGCAUUCAACUCCACGGAGAGGGUCCUGCAGCACCUGCUCAGACCCUUGUUCCAGAAGAGCAGCAUGGGCCCCUUCUACUUGGGUUGCCAACUGAUCUCUCUCAGGCCUGAGAAGGAUGGGGAAGCCACUGGCGUGAACACCACCUGCUCCUACAACCCUGACCCCAUGGGCCCCGGGCUGGACAUACAGCAGCUUUACUGGGAGCUAAGUGAGCUAACCCAUGGUGUCACCCAACUGGGCUUCUAUGUCCUGGACAGGGACAGCCUCUUCAUCAACGGCUACGCACCCCAGAAUUCAUCAAUCCAGGGUGAGUACCAGAUAAAUUUCCGCAUCGUCAACUGGAACCUCAGUAAUCCAGACCCAACAUCCUCAGAGUACAUCGCCCUGCUGAGGGACAUCCAGGACAAGGUCACCACACUCUACAAAGGCAGUCAACUGCACGACGUGUUCCGCUUCUGCCUUGUCACCAACUUGACGAUGGGCUCCAUGUUGGUCACAGUCAAGGCAUUGUUCUCCUCCAAUCUGGAUCCCAGCCUUGUGGAGCAAGUAUUUCUAAAUAAAACCCUGAAUGCCUCAUCCCAUUGGCUGGGAACCACCUACCAGUUGAUGGACAUGCAUGUGACAGAAAUGGAGCCAUCAGUGUAUCAACCCACGAGCAGUUCCAGCACCCAGCACUUCCCCCUGAAUUUCACCAUCACCAACCUACCGUAUUCCCAGGACGGAGCCCACCCAGGCACUGCCAAUUACCAGAGGAACAAAAGGAAUAUUGAGGAUGCGCUCAACCAAGUCUUCCGAAACAGCAGCAUCAAGAGUUAUUUUUCUGACUGUCAAGUUUUAACAUUCAGGUCCGUCCCCAAUAGCAGCCACACUGGGGUGGACUCUCUGUGUAACUUCUCACCACUGGCUCGGAGGAUAGACAGAAUUGCCAUCUACGAGGAAUUCCUGCGGAUGACGCAGAAUGGCACCCAGCUGCAGAACUUCACCCUGGACAGGAACAGUGUCCUUGUGGAUGGGUAUUCUCACAACAGCAAUGAGGCCUUAACUGGGAAGUCUGACCUUCCCUUCUGGGCCAUCAUCCUCAUCUGCUUGGCGGGACUCCUGGGACUCAUCACAUGCCUGAUCUGUGGUUUCCUGGUGACCACCUGCCGGCGAAAGAAGGAAGGAGAAUACAUCAUCAGGCAAGAGCACCCAGGCUACUGCAAGUCACACCUAGACCUGGAGGAUCUGCAAUGACUGGAACUCCCCGGUGCUCGGGGUCCCUUUUCCCCAGCCAGGGUGCAAAGAAACUGAGCUGGGGCAGAAAUAAACCAUGCUGAUUGGACACAAGUCUCUGAGCCUUUCUUGACAUGACCCUUGACUGGUUCAUGUUGGGCUAAGAGAACAGUCUUCCCCCUUCAUGAAGUCCUGAAGGCAACCCCCAGUUGUGUUUUGUGGCUUCACACCAUGGCAUCCCUUAGGAACAGCAGAAUUGGUGAAACUGGUUGUAUUUGGCUCUUCUUGCACUGGGACAAAGGAAUAACAGGGCGGGCUCA